AAAUCUUUUCGAGUGUUUCCGUCAUGUGUGUGUGUCGAUUUGAACUUGGUGUGAUUUGCGGUGAUUUGCUGUUUUGUCGGAGCUUUUUUAUCCUAGAGUUUUUGGGGGGAGUUUGCAGAGUAAACGGAAUAAAAUAAAAGGGCAAGGUUCGCUCCGUCUCCCCCCCGUCGUUUUUCUUUCAUCUUGCCGCCGUCGUCUUUCUCCCUUGAGAGUUGCUCUCCUCUUCUCUGUCUCUACCCGAAGCGUUUCUCUUUUUUUGUAUUAUUGUACGCAAAACAUGGAAGCAUACGGACUCGAUCUGGAUUGGUGCAUGGCCGGUUGCGGUCGACACACGCAGAAUGGCGGCCUCUACUGCUCCUCCUCUUGCCUAGAACAAGAAUCGAGUCCUUCCUCGCAUCAUCAUCAUCAUCAUACCAUACAUGGAUUCGAUCGACAGUCCACUUUCCAAAGCACACUGUCCCAAGAUUCCUCUAUAGACUAUUACAACUCGCGAUCGCACCAUUCUUCCGGGCAUACAAUAACGAGCUUCCCAUCCACCUCUCCACCUCGUUCCCACUCUUCACAAUCAUUGCUACCAUUUCGGAAUCGAGGUGGAUUGAAUUAUUCGCUGGCUCGACCGCCAUCACCACAGUCCCCUCCUCAACAUGUGGGACAUUGGGGUGUUUGGGAUCGGCGGUUGUCAUCGUUCUCGUCAACAUCAUCACAGAGGGAUACCGAGUUUUAAAAUUUUUGUUAGAGUUUCUGUGUCUAUAGUAAUAUUAUUGUACAUAAAUGUUUUCGAUGCAUGCUGAGAAAGUGUGUCAUUUGGACAAAACAACUGAUCCUGAUGAAUUGGAUGACUCUCUUCCAAUAUCGUUCGUU